UCGGAACCCUGGGCGGCUUCCCCCCGGGAGUCGGAGGCCCCCGAGCCGGGCGGCCGGCGGCCGGCCGCCUGCGCCGAGUGCCGCGACUACCGCAAGCGGGCCGCCCACCUGCCCCUGCUGACCAUCGAGCCGCCCAGCGACAGCUCGGUGGACAUGAGCGACCGCUCGGAGCGAGGCUCGCUGGGCCGGCAGCUGGCCUACGAGGCCGAGGCCCAGCCCCCGCUGCCUCCCCUGCCCCUGCCCCUGCCGGUGCCCAUCCACCACCCUCCUCCCCCGCCGCCACCCCCUCCUCCCCCGCCGCCUCCUCCCCCGCCGCCCGCCCCCCGCCGCCUCGACCCCCCUGGCGAGGCCAGCCGCGACGGCAAGGCCGAGGCCGAGCUCUCGGACGGCGAGAACGACAGCCUGGACAGCACACUCAACUCCAACGAGACCAUCAACUGCAGCACGGGCUCGUCGUCGCGGGACAGUCUGCCCGAGGCGCCCAGCUGCCCCCAGACCUACCUGCGGGAGACUCGGCACAGCUGGGACUCGCCAACCCUCAACAACGACGUCUUCCAGCGCCGCCAGUACCGAAUCGGCCUCAACCUCUUCAACAAGAAACCCGAGAAGGGGAUUCAGUACUUGAUUGAGAGAGGCUUUGUGGCAGAUACGCCAGUGGGAGUCGCCCGCUUUAUCCUCGAGCGCAAGGGGCUGAGUCGACAGAUGAUCGGAGAGUUUCUGGGCAACCGGCAAAAGCAAUUCAACCGUGACGUGCUGGACUGUGUGGUGGACGAGAUGGACUUUGGCGGGAUGGAGCUGGACGAGGCUCUGCGCAAGUUCCAGGCCCACAUCCGCGUGCAGGGUGAGGCGCAGAAGGUGGAGCGGCUCAUCGAAUCCUUCAGCCAGCGGUACUGCAUCUGUAAUCCGGCGCUGGUGCGUCAGUUCCGCAACCCGGACACCAUCUUCAUCCUGGCCUUCGCUAUCAUCCUGCUCAACACCGACAUGUACAGCCCCAACGUCAAGAUGGAGCGCAAGAUGAAAAUGGACGACUUCAUCAAGAACCUGCGGGGGGUGGACAAUGGGGAGGACAUUCCCCGGGAUAUGCUGGUGGGAAUCUACCACCGGAUCCAGAAACGGGAGCUCAGGACAAACGAUGACCACGUCUCCCAGGUCCAAGCUGUGGAGCGCCUAAUUGUCGGGAAGAAGCCGGUUCUGUCUCUACCCCACCGGAGACUGGUCUGCUGCUGCCGUCUCUAUGAGGUCCCGGAUCCAAACAGGCCGCAGAAACCUGGUCUACACCAGCGAGAGGUCUUCCUUUUCAAUGACCUACUCGUGGUCACCAAAGUCUUUCAGAAGAAGAAGAUCUCAGUGACCUACAGUUUUCGCCAGUCCUUCGCCCUCCACGAGAUGAAGGUUAACCUCUUUCAAAACGCCUACUAUCCCCACGGGAUCAAGUUAGCCUCCUCCAUUCCCAGCGCCGAGAAGAAGAUUCUGAUCAUAUUCAACGCCCCCAGCGUCCAGGACCGCACGAGGUUCGCCAGCGAUCUGCGCGAGUCCGUGGCCGAAGUUCAGGAGAUGGAGAAAUACCGCGUGGAAUCCGAGCUGGAGAAGCAGAAAGGCGUCAUCCGCACCAGCAUGUCGCAGAGCGCCAGCCUGAAGAAGGACGCGCUGAACGGGACGCUGACCAGUCUGGACGACACGUACGCCAUGGCCGAAGGUCUGAGACGCAGCGCGCUCAGCAGCUCCCUGCGGGACCUCUCCGAUGCAGGAAAGCGGGGUCGGAGGAACAGUGUGGGAUCACUCGACAGCACCAUGGAAGGCUCCAUCAUUAGCACGCCGCGAAUCCAGCAGCGGCCCAUCCCCACCCAGGAGGACGCCACCAUCCGUCCGCACCGCCAGCUCUCCAACUCCGCUUCCUCUGGAUCGCUGUUCGGCGGGCGGAGGGCCAAGCAGACACCGCAGGCCCAGCCGGUGCCUCCGGGCCCCCACCCUCACCUGGCCGGGGCCUACCAGCCGUUCUACCAGCUGGCCGGGGGCCAGGCGGACGGGCCAUCCAAGAUCCAGGCACUGCACGCCCAGUACUGCCAGCCUCCGCCACCUUACUACCACCACCACCGCUUCCACGCCCAGGCCCCCAACCCUCCUCAGCACCCCAACCUCACCCUCCAGCGCCAAUGCAGGCAGAGGCCCAACCUGCCCCCGCUCCUGCCCCGCGCCCAGAUUCCGCACGGCAUCCGCCCACCCAUCAGCUCGCCCCAGUCGCCCCUGGCCCCCCAUCAGCUACCCACCUACGCCCCGCUCGCCGUCGGGCAGCCCAUGCCGCAGUACGUGGCGCAGGGCGCCCGUCCCCACCUGCACUUGGUGCAGGCUCACCACGCCCAGCUGAUGCAGCAGCACGCCCACAUGCACCUCCCCCAGCACGCCCUGUCGCAGCACGCCAUGCAGCAGCACGUCAUGCAGCAGCACGCCAUGCAGCCGCCGCAGCAUGCCAUGCAGCAGCACCCGGUGCAUGCCAUGCAGCAGCCGUCGCAUGCGAUGCCGCAGCAGCACCCGGUGCAUGCCAUGCAGCAGCCUUCGCAGCAUGCCAUGCAGCAGCAGCAUCAGGUGCAUGCCAUGCAGCAGCCGUCGCAUGCCAUGCAGCAGCCGUUGCAGCAUGCCAUGCAGCAGCCGUCGCAUGCGAUGCAGCAGCACCCGGUGCAUGCCAUGCCGCAGCAGCCACAGCACCCGAUGCAGCCGUCGCAGCACGCCAUGCAGCAGCAGCACCCGGUGCACGCCAUGCAGCCAUCGUCGCAGCACACCCUGCAGCACACGCUGAAGCAGCAGGCCCACUCGCAGCACACACUGCAACACACCCUCAAGCAGCACCCGCUCUCCCAGCAGCCCCACCCGCCGCCCCCGCCCCCCCAGCUCUCGCCCCUCUCGCCCCUGGGGCCCCACUCGCCCCUCAGCCCCCUCACCCCGCUCACUCCCCUCACUCCGCAGUCCCCGCACUCGCCCUACUCCCCGCUGCUCCCGCUCUCGCCCCUCACCCCGCACCCCCACCCCCACCCCCACAUGUCGCAGCCCCCCAACCAGGGCACAACCGGGAGUAAGGCCAAGGCAGUCAACCGCAUCAGCACAGUGGUGUGAGUGGAGAGGGGCAGGGGAGAGGAGGCAGCCUCCACCCUCCACCUUCCUCCCUUCCACCUCGCGAGUCCCUCCCCUCCCUCUCGCCAUGCCUGCAGCACCCCUCCCCCCACGGAACGCACCGACUCCAGCGAGAGCACUCAAAUGAAAUCGCUGGCCGACGAAGGAACAACAGAGAGACAGAUAUUUAUGGAGACAAAAUGUACAGAUAGAGCAGACAUAUAUUUAAUUGAGAUUAAUAACGAUGCUGUAUAUUUAAGCAGAUAAUAUUUAUUGAAGUUCCUUUUUUGCCAAAUGGGAGGGGGGAGAGCGCUGGCGAGGGCAGGAGAGAAAGAAUUCACGGAUACGGUGCACCACGACGGGCAACGAGCUGGCUUCUGUCUCACUCAGCUCCACCGACCGGCCAGCGCUCAGGGUGUCCAGACCUGUCCCAGGCUGACCACGCGCCACUCGAGAUCCACAGUGGUACUGCAUGGGCCAUCGGUUACCAAGGGCCAGUAUCUCAAGACACAGGCCCCGUCCGUCACUGUGUGGAGGGUGAAGACUCUGUUCACACACUCCCGGGGUCAGACACAGAGUGAAGCUCCCUCCACACCGUCCCAUCACACACUCCCGGGGUCAGACUCAGAGAGAAACUCCCUCCACACCGUCCCAUCACGCACUCCCGGGGUCAGACACAGAGUGAAACUCCCUCCACACCGUCCCAUCACACACUCCCGGGGUCAGACACAGAGUGAAACUCCCUCCACACCGUCCCAUCACACACUCCCCGGGCCAGGCACAGAGUGAAGCUCCCUCCACACCGUCCCAUCACACACUCCCGGGGUCAGACACAGAGAGAAACUCCCUCCACGUCGUCCCAUCACACACUCCCGUGGUCAGACACAGAGUACUACAUCUCUCCACUGCCCUGUCACACACUGCCAGGACUGAGUCAGGGCAGGUGGGACAGGGUAAUGAAUACCCCCACAACAGUCCUCCCAGGGCAGGGACAGUAUCGGCUCCCACGUCUUAUCCCGUCAUGCUGUCCUGCAAGUCAAAAGCAGGAAGUAAAAAGGUUUAGACACAGCAUAUAACUCCCUUCAUGAUGUCCCAACAAAACCACAAUCCCACAAUGUCCCACCAUCCCCUUCCAGCACUGUCCCUGGCCAUGCACCCACCGCCUGUGCUCUUUGGCACCAGAAUUGCAGGUUUAUGCCCAUUGUGCAGCACUGUGCAGGAGUCUCAGGCACCCGAGGUUUGUUUAUCUGGUUUCAGAUGGUACGGCUGUUUGCGAAUACCCAGAGAGACAGAAGCAAGCGAGACAGCCAAGGUCUGCAGAAGAACUGUGGCAAAUUCUCCAAGAUGCUUGGAACUACCAGCCAGCCAAUUUUCUUAUAAAACUGCCCAAUAUAUACCCAAGAGAACUGAUGCCAUUUGAAAGGCAAAGGCUGGUCACACCAAGUGUUGAUUUGGUUCGGUUUUUUAACUAUUCAGUGCUCUUUGAUAUUCAGAAACCUUUCAUUUAAUUCUCUGUGAAAGCACCCUGGCUUUACGGAAUUGUUUCUGUUUGUGCCGAAGACCUCUGCACAGUGUUGUGCCUGCUGGCCGUGUUCCCUGACUGGUAAACCUGGAGUCCAGGACUCACUCCGCUCCCCGUCAAUUCAGCAGAGAGGAGCAGUGUAAGCUUCCGGGAUAGAGUUUUCCACACCAACAGAUAUCCUUUAAUGUACUGCAGUAAAUAAUUCAAAAUGUUGUUGGGGUGACUGGCAAGUAAUGUACGAUGUACAGGUUACAGGAUGGGAUCUAAUUUGGGGGUGGGGGUGUUAUAUAAAGAAUAAUAGAUCCCUGGGUGUGGAUCUGAUCCAGGUCUUCAGGGUUCAUAUAAAGAAUAACAGAUCGUCAGCAGUGGGUUAGAGGCUGGGAUCUGAUCCAGGGGUUUAUAUAUAGAAUAAUACAUCUCCCGGAGUGGGUUACAGACUUUGGGCGUAACAGUUCUUUGGGCGUGAUCUGCCCCAUCUUUGGAGUGACUCCUGGCCUCGCACACUCGAAUCUCGGUCCGUGGUUCGUGGGUCCUCUUAUGAUUUUCCCCGUAAACCCCAGCACUCCGUCCUGGACCAGGUCAGCAAUCAAGGCCCACAGCCCCAACACCACACCGGCUCCUUUCUGCCCCGUGUACGCCCCGAUCUGUCCGUCAAUGAAUUACCCUGUGGCAAGACGCGUCGGCGCCGCGCUCACUCAUCGCUGCAUUUGGUGGUAUUUUGGAGCCGACUGUGGGAAGCCCUGUCGAGUGGUGUCCGUGAUCGCAUGUUACAAAAAGCCUCUUCUGUGGUGUCAACAAUUGCAUGAUAUCAAUCACGUGGCUGAUAGGAAGCGUGUCGGCGAAGUAAUGUGUUACCUAACACCCCUUUGUUUUUAAUUUUGUGAUUGAACUGAUUUAGGUGAUCUGUUUACAUUGUGUGUAUAUACUUAUCUGUAAUAAAGACUUUGAAACCUG